AUGUCUAUCGUGUCAGGAUGCAAUCAUUUGAAUUACCAUCUUGGUUCCAAACAUAUAGACAUAGUCUGCCCACUUUCUCAAGAAAAGAACAUCAGUGUUUCUUCUUGUCCAUAUUUACUUACAUCUAUCGACAGAGGUACUCGCUGGAUAAACGUAUAUCCGGUAAAGCAUUUGAUUUGUAAAGUGUGGAUUUUUCUCAACCAUCAAAAAUGCAUCGGACUCAGCCUGGCACAAAGCAAAACCAAGGACAUUGUCUCUCUGCACUCUAUGCCCAAACAUGAGGAGGAAAAAAGCGAUUAUGAAUUUGCUCUGCUGCAGAUUCUACAUGUGAUAAGAGAACCUUCGACCCAAAGAGAUUCUGUCUUGACUCUUCUGAACAAGGACCAGAUACUAAAGACAAUUGAAAAUGCUCACGCCUCUUUUCUGUCAGAUGAAACCAUUCAAAAGAUUUGUUUACAGAUCUUGCUGAUAAUAUUAAAGGAAAAAAAUGAAGACCAAAUUCAAUACAUUCCAAUAUACAGGCUGGUUGUUAACACCAUGAACAGUCACAUUACAAAUGAAUCUAUUCAGGUUGAUGGCAUGCAGUUGUUGAAAAUCCUUUCUCAACUUGAAGAUAAUGAUGGCCGCCAGUUGAUUACAGAAGCCCAACAGAGGGAAAUGUUGGAAAUUGCCUUCCUGAAAUUAGCAACUAUCACUGGGUCAAUUAAAAUGAAAGUUGCUGCCCUUCAAAUAGUAGAUCAAAUCUUUCAGACAAAUCCCUCUUUGUUGGACAUUCCAGACAACAUGAUCCACAUGUUGCCUGGAUUUUGUAAUCAAGAUGGUAGAUAUAAUCAGGACCUGAUAGAAGCUGUUUUGCCAAUUUAUCUUCUUAUGUCAAAAGUAGAAAAAUAUAGAAGCAUGAUAAUAGCAAGUGAUAUUCCCAAACUUCUCCAAGAUUUUGCUGUUGACAACAUCACCUGUGAGAAAAUACUGGAUCUUAUAUUAAACAUUUUUGUUAACAUGAUUCACAGAGGGCUUAUCCUGUACCUGAUUGACUGUGGUUUCAUCAGCAAAACACUCUUUAAUGUGAUGAGUACAUAUAAUGAGAAUGCUUCCAUUUCCAUUGCUGGAUUCAAGCUUCUUAAAAUGGCAGCACCUUUGUACUGUGAAAGAAGUUCAAUGAAGGAAUGGAUGGCCAUUUUGUACAAAUCUGGUUUCAGUCAUUUUACUUCAGCAGAAAUACAAAUUGCUCUGCAUGAAGCUGCAAGUGCAAUUUUGAAAAAUGAUCCAGAGUUCAUUUCUCAAAUUGGGGAAGAUGUUCAAGAUAACCAAUACCCUUUACAAUCAUUUUGCUUGGGUAGCUUCUUCCAGCAUAAAAACAACAUGGAGGUUUUUGUUGCUAACUGUGAGACCAUAUACUGGAUGGCUUCUGGUAGUGUUAAUCUGGCUGAUUUAAUGAUGCAAAAGAACACAUUUGUUGAAAUACUGGAAAAAGUACGAAUAUACAAAGAGAAUGCAGCAGUUGUAUUGUCUGGUUGCCGAGCUGUCAAGGGACUGUGUAUAUUCAGUCCUCCUGAAAGAAGAUUGUGUGUUGGUAAACACAAAUACCUUAUGAACAUCUUUUGUGAAAUCUUCUCCAAUUAUCAACAGAAUCCUGCAAUUAUUAUGGAAGCCAUUUGCUUAGUUGCAUGUCUUGCAGAUGUGGACAUUCUUCACAACCCCAGUUUAAUCUGGAAAGCUGUUUCAAAUGCCAUUGUAACACACCCUGACUAUGUUUUAGUUCAAGAAUCAGCCCUUGAAGUACUUGCAGUGACAAUUCACAAAGAAUGUACAAGCAGCUAUCAACUGGACAAGAAAUACUUGAAUCAGAUUUUGGAUAUACUGAAGAAAUUUCCUGAAAAUUUGUGUAUUCAAAGAAAAGGGCUUUAUUUGCUGCAGCUGUUGACCCAUGUGAUUCCUGAAGACUUCAAGAUAGAUGAAAUGGCUAAAAUGAUUGUUGAUCUCAUGAAGAAAAAUCCAUAUGCACCCAGCAUACAAGUGGAAAGUUGCAUCUUAAUUGUUCUUUUGGGAGAUCAUUCAAAGACAGAAUCUUUUAUCAGACAUGACUGCCAAACUCCUGUUUUUGCAAUUUUUAUGAAUUACAGUGACUUUCCAGAAAUUCUAGAUAUUGCCUACCAGUGCUUAUUUGUGUUGAGUCAUGAGAAUAAAAAGUCUAUCAUGUUGCUAAGAGCUUGUGCUGCCAAAAGCUUCAUUGAAGUUGAAUGCUUGGUGCAUUUGGAUGCUGAUGUCAACUACAAGGAAAAUGGUUACACACCUUUACUAUAUGCUUGUGAGAAUGGUGAUGAAAAAAUUGUCAGUUGUCUUCUUACAAAGGAGAUUUAUGAUCUUCUCACUCCACUGAAAGUUGCCUGCGAAAAAAAUUACAACAAUAUUGUUGGACUUUUACUUAAACAUAUUGGACAGGAACCAGAGACUCAGAGUAUCUGCUGGAACAAUCUUGGUUUAGGCAACCUUAACAAAGAUUGGCUUUUACCAACAUUUGUUAAAAACACCUCAAGACAUCAUUCAUUGACAGGGAUUGGUAAGAAAAUUGCACGCCAAAUACAGGCAUUUUGCAUGAAGUACUUUGACCCAAAUGAGAGUUUUAUCAGCUACUCCAGCAAUAAUAGCAGCAAUUCUGAUUCGUGUUCUUCAGAGCUGACAAAUACGAAAAUUUUGGUAGAAAUUGAACUGAGGGAAUGGCAACAAACGACUCUUACUGGUGCUGUCAUCCCUUUUCAUAUCCAUGAUCCUCGGAUAUACAGAAGAGACUUGCAAAUAAUAGAUGCACACUGUCGAGGUCAAACAACUGGGUCAUCACUAAAAAAUAUGGAAGAAUUCUGGCUUCGGAAAAAAUGUUUUCUGUCUGAUAAUUCUCCACCAGAAACAGGAACUUUAUCUUUUGGUGAAUGUGCAAUAAUUUAUAUUGAAUCUCAGAAUACAAAUCAGGAAUGUCUUAAGUUCUUUCAAGCUGUUCAUGGUGUGGCAUUUACACAGUCUCUCAAAGAAAAAAUGACUCCCUCAAAAAAUGAGGCUAUGUCUUCAGACAAUUUUGUCAGAAGAAAUAAGUAUUCUAAUUUGGAAUCUAUACAAAGUAUGUCUCUUAUAAGAACAAAGAGCUGUUCAUUUCCUGUAAGCAUAUUGUAUGAUGAUCAAUCACAAGACAAUAUACAAACUGUUGACAUAUCACACAACAACUGUGCCAAUCUUAACGGACUUACAAUCCUGCAGCUCACCGAUCCGCUAUGUUUCAUUAGCCUGCAAGAACUCAAUAUUUCGCAUAACCAACUAACCUCCCUUCCAGAUUAUGCUUUUAAUAACCUUCUAUCACUACAAAAACUUGAUCUUUCAUCAAACCAAUUCCAGCUUUUUCCUAGUGCCAUUUUAAAAUGCCCACAACUUGAGAUUCUGAAACUUGGAUAUAAUAAGCUCGAGGACACAAUGGAAUCCAAACUACCAAUCAGUUUCAGCCUGAAAAAAUUAGAUUUGUCUGGCAACCAUUUCAAAGUCUUUCCUAUAUGGAUAUCAGAUUUUAUGCCAGGUCUGGAAAAACUUUAUUUAAAAAGCACUAAAAUGGAGAGAAUCAAUAAUAAACCUUUGCAACUGAAAAGACUUUUAAAAUUAGAUUUAUCCAACAAUUCAAUUCAGAUAUUACCUGAUAAUUUCUUUAUUGGUUGUAACAAUUUGAUGAUUUUGAAGGCCAUUAACAACAAACUAGUACAGCUUCCCAGUGAAGAACUCAGCUUAGAAUUACCUCAACUCCAAGAACUUCAUCUAAGCAACAAUAAGUUAACAGAAAGAAAACCUUUCUUCAUAUCAAAAUUUAUAAUGAACUUACCAUGCCUUACAUUUGUGGAUUUGUGUAACAACAAACUAAAAGGCAUCUGCCCACCAAUAAUGUGGAUGAGUAAGGAUUUGAAAAAAGUAAUGCUUUCAAAGAACCAAAUAUCCUAUUUGAAUUUGUCUGAAGGUGCUAUAAAAUGGAAAAAUCUGCAGGUGUUAGAUAUUUCAUACAACAAAUUGAAAAGCCUUCCUCCAGAAAUUGGUUACCUGACAUCUUUACGUUGUCUGAACUUCAGUUACAAUCCAGAGAUCCGAUAUCUGCCAGAUGAGCUUGGUUACUGUGAAAAAAUAUGGGAGAUGCCGUUGGAUGGACUGGAAAGUUUACUUAACAUUCAUUUAUUAAAAGGAAAAGUCUGUGAUCUUAUUUUGUACCUUAAUCACAAACUGAAAAAGGUUCAGAGAUAUUAUCAGAUGAAAAUGAUGGUGGUUGGUUUUGGUGGUCAUGGGAAGACAACUCUGCUUCAAAGUUUGAUGCAAGAGAAAAAACCAAUUGUCACAACUGCCACAGUAGGCAUUCAUGUCAAAGACUGGAAAUUCAACCACAAACGGGAAAACCAUUCAGUUGAAUACACAAUUAGUACAUGGGACUUUGCUGGACAGGAGGAAUUCUAUAGCAUUCAUCAAUGCUUUUUAUCAACCCAAGGCAUCUACCUGGUUGUGUAUGAUGUUCGAUGCAAAGAUAUUGAAAUCCUCAAAUGUUGGUUGGCCAAUAUACAUGCACAGGCUCCAGACUGCCCCAUCCUUGUAGUUGGCACUCAUAAAGAUCUCAUUUCUGAGGAUGGAAAUACUUUGAAGAAGAUAAAGAGUGAUAUUAAAGCUCUCCAAAUAAAACCAGAUUUUCCUGUCAUCCAUGAUGUAAUACUAGUUGAUUCUCGAAAUGAAAACAAAGACAUUUCUCAUCUUAGGAGAGUAAUCAAACAAGUUAUUGACAACUACAAAGUCCGUGGUCAACAUGUAAUGGGGCAAAAAAUACCCGCCACUUAUAUAAAAUUGGCCAAAUUGGUUUCCAAUAAAGCUGCCUCUCUGAAAAAUGAAUAUCCAGUUUUAACACGAAAAGAAAUGUUGGCUUUACUGAAACACAAUCAACUGAAUAUGACAUCUGCAGAAUUUAAUCAGGCCAUUCAAUUCUUCAAUGAGAUGGGUGUACUUCGUCACUUUGAUGAAGCCUCAAACCAGCUAAAAGAUCUUUAUUUCAUUGACCCUGCAUGGUUGUGUCACAUGUUAGCCCAGGUGGCCACUGUUGAAGAAAUCAACCCCUACAUAAGCAAAUCAGGUAUCAUGAAAAAGAAGGACUUGCAAUUGUUAUUUACUGGGAAAUGUGCUGAUUCAGAGAAGACUUACAUUUUUCCACCAAGCAAAAUCCCCCAGUUUCUUAAACUGUUGGAAAAAUUUGAAAUUGCUCUUCCUCAGAAUGAUGAAGAACUUCUAAUUCCAUUUCGACUGCCAAUCUCCCAUCCAGAUGUGUCAAUUCCAAACUGCAAUUGCAUCAAGAGAAUUUACCGAAUGUUCUUUAUCCCCAUCGGCCUUUGGUCAAGAUUAAUCACCAAAAUUCUUGCUUUCUCAAAAAAGAAGACUAUUUUGUCUAUGAGUAAUCCUAAGAGACUUGAAUGUUAUCGGCACGGGAUAUUUGCAUACUGGUCCAAAGACAAGUACUUCUACUUAAAAGAGGAGCACAAAAAGAAUAAUGAAAUUGUCAUCCAAGUACCAAACACCACCCAGGGUUGCAGAAUGAUUGGGGAAGUGGUAGACCACUUGGAUUCAGUCAUUGAAGAAUGGUAUCCAGGACUUCUAAUUUCUGAUGCCUAUGGAGUGUGUCCCCUGGAGAAACUGGUGCCAUGUCCAGAUUGUAAAGGUUAG